AAUAAAUUUGUCAUACUGUCUUCACAUAAUUCUUUUUUAUUUUUUACUUUUUUUUUUUUUUUUUUGUAAAGCACUUUAAGGUUCCAAAAUGCGUUUUAAAUUAAUUUUAUCAAUAUUAUAUUUUUCCACUAAAUGUUUAUUUAUUUUGGACAAAAGAGAACAAAGGGAAUAGCACGGGAUAAUGAAUAGUAAUAGGCUACUGACGUCCUCUCAGGAAAAGUCGGACCGCCUCGCUGUUUCCAGGCAACAACAAAACACUGUCGUUGCUGGAUAGAUGUUUUUUAUAGGAUAUUAUCGUAAAUCUAAACCUAUUCAUAUGGUUCAAGAUAGUAUUUUUUCCCUAUACUAAUCCAUUUUUAUUAAAGUGCUCCAAUAAUCUGAAUCAGAUAAGCUAAGUGAAAAAUUAUCUACAUUAUCGAACUGCAGUCAGAAAGUAUAUUUAGUUUGGCUGAGAAAUCCAGUGAGGAUGAACUACAAAGACCUUGUAAACGAAGUCACAAGGCUCCUGGACGAGUUUCAAGAAGACAAACAAUACAUUGACAAUUUUACUCAGGAUGCUGCCAAGGAUCUUAAGAAUUUUUCCUCUGCUGACCAGAAGUUUAUUAUUGAUACUUUGUAUGGAUGUAUCAUGCACAAAAAGCUUUUGGAUGUUGUAGUCAACAUCUUUUACAUUCACAAUGGAAAAUUUUUAUUAAGAGUGGACCGAAACCUGUUCAUUGUUGUCUGUUAUCUUGCCAUGUUCCAUCUUGAUGAUCUUGGCCUGGAGCAUUUCAGUAGAAUUAUCAAGUCUCUAGACAUCUCAAAAAUGCACAAAUUCCUGAGUUUUUUCUUUAACGUCAACAACCUCACAACACAUAUCCAAAGGGAAUGGAGUCACAUCUAUGAUGCUGCUGUCGUAGAUAAUAACUGGAUCACACCAUUGCUGAGAUGGUGCAAUGAGAUUGAGGCGCUGCUGGAUCAGCUUGCCAAAAAAAUGGGCAGAGGAAGUCUGCCAAAAAAAUCUCCCAGGAAAAACACAGAACCCAGGGAAUUUGAUCUGACCAAGCCCAAAGCUCGACCACUCCCUGCUCCUGAAGUCAUUCCACAGCAGGACAAGUUCAAGCAGGUACCAGUCACCACUCACAGAUCUCCAAAGGAACCAGAGAUUCUGGAUGAGAUGAAGCAGAGGAACCGACAAGAAGCUUUGAAAGUCCUGAAUGAAGCAAACUCUCAGCAGUUCAGAUGUGCAAACCCACAGAAGUCUGAGAAAACUCAAAACGUAAUAUCCCAGAUUCUUCAAAGCCGUGAUGCAGAACUCAAAUUUGACAAGCUUUAUACUUCUGGAAACCCUGCCAGCCAAAAGACAAACAGCUUACCGGUCAGACUGAACACAACAGCCAUACUGCGAGAAGGAGCUUUAUAUAAUCGUCAACUGGAAGAAGCGUUACAAAGAUUCGAGCGAUUGUCACAGGGUGCAAGCGAGCCGUCUGCAUUUCUGCAGUGGCAGAAGGAGAUGAAAGAGAAGGAUCUACAGGAGGAGCUAGCUGAACUGGAGCGCCGAAGACUGGAGGGACGGAUCAGCCAUGAAGAGGCGGUUCUUGCACGAGGACGCGUCUUGGAGCGUAACCACCAUAAAGCUCAGCAGACUAAAGAGGAGACUGCACAGCUUAUGCGAAAGUAUGCAGAGAAACGUAUGAAGGAGGAGAAGGAAAUGAGAGAGCUUGUGCAACAAGUGGCCGAUGGUCACAAGAACUCUAAAGCCGCCAAAGAUAAGCUACAAGAAAUCAAACAACGGAUAGUUAAGGAAGUCUCAGAGCAGAGCAGGGAACUCCUCAGCCAGGCUCUGGAGGAAGCUCAGGCCGAGCUAAGCAGGAAGAUGGAGCUCAUUCGUCAGAUUCGUGCUUUUGAUUCAGUCUCUCUGGUCAGACAAAACUUUGUGGAUGACACUGAGACUGCAGGUCAUGAUUUGCUGUGUGAGAUGUCUCUGGCGGAGCUGCGGGAGCGUUUGGCGCUCCUGAGAGAGACAGAACAAUGUGAGCUGGAGGACAGAAGACAGCGCAUCUUUCAGGAGAAACAACUCAAAGAGCAGCUACUACUAGAACAGCUGGACAAUAUCGCUCUACGCAGAAGUCUUGCAGAACAUGCUGCUUCACGCAGUCAAGAAGAGAAAAGAAUGAGAAGCGAACUGCGGGAAGCUGUCAGGAGAGAUGAGAGAGUGCUGGCCCUACAGAAGACCCUGGAGCAGAAACAACAGGAAAGACAGAAGAAAAGGACUGAAAAAAACAGCAUGAAGAAAAAUGAACAGGUGCUUCCACUCACAGUGAAGACCUCCUUCAGCAAAAAGCAGCAGGUUCUUGAGGAACAGCACUGGCAGGAGUUGGAACGCAAUUUGGAACAACAAAUUCAUGGGGCCUUGCAGCAAUCAAAAAAAAAUAGUGCUGGUCAGAACCACAGGCGAGUUUUCUGAUACCUCAUGACUAAUAACAAACAAAAAAAAAAAAAAAAAAAAAGACUAGAAGCAAUUGAUAUUGUAAAAAUAUAUCUAGGCAUUGUAUAAAAAUACAUAGCUUUAUACCAAGUAUCAUUACUAUCUAUAUUUUAAGUUGGUUUUUAGAUAACACAGGUUGGGCUGGUGUUAAAGAAUUUGGGAUGAUGUUAUGAAAAAGCACUUUUACGGUUAAGUGAACAAUGUUUUGGGUGUGGAAAUUCAACAGAAUGACUGCAUGAUGAUUUCCAUACUGAGAUAUUUCUAAUCAAAACACUACAGUAACAAAGGGCCUUCUCUGUAUUGCACAGGCACACAUACUGAAUAAGGACAUCAGAAUAAAUCAGUUUAGUACAACUUUUUAAUGAAGUUGUUCCAUUUCAUUUAGAAGAAUUACUGCAAAUAUAUUUUCCUGUUACAUUAA